GAGAGAGAGAGAGAGAGAGUUGUGAUCACUGAUCAGUAGAAUCAGAGGAUGAAGCGCUUCUUUCAACCAGUGCAGAAAGAUGGUUCCUUCAAGAAACCCAACCUCUCUUCUUCUUCUUCUUCACCAACACCAGCAGUUGUUGAAGAUGAGGAGAAUAAUAAAUCCCAAAAGAAAGAACCCACAAAGUUCUUAACUUGGAAUGCCAACAGCUUUCUUCUUCGUGUCAAAAACAAUUGGCCUGACUUCACCAAGUUCAUCGAUGACAUUGACCCUGAUGUCAUCGCCAUACAGGAAGUGAGAAUGCCUGCAGCUGGAGCCAAAGGUGCUCCGAAAAACCCUAGAGAAUUGAAGGACGAUAACAAUUCAUCGCGCGAGGAAAAACUGAUUAUAACACGGGCAUUAUCGGGUCCCACCUUCAGAAAAUACGAUGUGUGGUGGUCUCUUUCUGAUACAAAGUACGCUGGAACCGCAUUGUUCGUAAAGAAAUGUUUUCCACCAAAAAAGGUUUCUUUCAAUCUAGAUACCUCAGUUUCCAAACAUGAAGCGGAUGGCAGAGUUAUUAUAGCUGAAUUCGAAUCAUUCCGGAUAAUGAAUACAUAUGUACCAAACAACGGUUGGAAAGAUGAAGAAAACGCAUUUCAAAGGAGACGAAAAUGGGAUAAAAGAAUGAAAGAAUUCGUCUUGCAAUCUACAGAUAAACCCCUUAUUUGGUGUGGUGAUCUUAAUGUUAGUCACGAAGAGAUUGAUGUUAGUCAUCCGGAUUUUUUUCGAACUGCAAAGCUCAAUGGUUACAUUCCUCCAAACAAAGAGGAUUGUGGGCAACCUGGUUUUACCUUGUCUGAGAGGAAGCGGUUCGGUUCCAUACUAAAAGAGGGAAAGCUAAUAGAUGCAUAUAGAUAUCUCCACAAGGAAAAAGAUAUGGAGCGUGGCUUUUCAUGGUGCGGCAACCCUAUCGGAAAGCAUCGCGGUAAAAAGAUGAGAAUAGACUAUCAUUUAGUGUCGGAGAAACUAAAGGACAAAAUUGUCAAAUGUGAAAUGCAUGGCCAAGGGAUUGAAUUGGAGGGAUUUUAUGGGAGUGAUCACUGCCCUGUUACCCUUGAACUUGCGGAGACAACCGUUGAUGCUAGUUAAAAUUUGAACCCAGAAUGAUAUGAUUUUAGCGGCAAACAUAUCGUACACAAACUAGUGUUUGAUUGGUCUCAAGAUUAUGGGUUUGGUGGUGAAUUUGUUGUAGGUUUCUUGAGAUGAUGUUUUUAGGGUUUGUAGCAAUGACCUUGAAAUGGUUUUAUUUUGCUGUUGGUAGCAUUAUAUGCUGCAUUUCAUCUUGGAAUGGUAGGCAUGAUUUAACAAAUAUGUUUUAAAAUGAGCAAUUGUUUGUUCAUGGUUA